AUGUUUGAGAAACGGCCAUUCUUCAUGCUGCUCGGCGUCGAAGCACCACUUAUGCAGCGCUGGCAUCGCGCAUGUGCGAGGGCAGAACGCGGUGAGCAGCCGCCUAUAUCUCUAGCGUCAUUCGUAUCGUAUGACGACGCCAUCCUGUAUGGCACAUCCCCACAGACAACUCAAAAUCCAGAUCUGCCGACAGAUCUGUCCAACAUGUCUCUGAUGCACCAGAGCGGAAAGACUGUGUCAACAUCUUUGCCAUCUGCUCAGCUUGCACUUACAGGACUCUUGCAACGAUGUCAGCUGCGGAUCGCGAAUACCUUUUCACGACUUGACGACUUUUACGAGCACCUAGAUUCCUUGUCACUUCCAUCGUUGCAUCGCUUACGCCCCACAUGGGACACCUACUUCGUGCGUCUGUGUACUCUUGCGGCCAUGCGCUCGAACUGCAUGAAGCGUCGUGUCGGUGCAGUGCUUGUGCGACAACAUCGAGUUCUGUCAACAGGCUACAAUGGCACACCCCGAGGCUUGCUCAACUGCAACGAAGGUGGUUGCGCGCGCUGCAAUGAAAGUGCACCCUGUGGUAGCAGCUUAGACGAAUGCUUGUGUCUACAUGCUGAGGAAAACGCACUGCUGGAAUUAGGCAGAGAUCGCGGCGGCGCUCAAGGUACUGUAUUGUACUGCAAUACUUGUCCGUGCCUUCGCUGUGCAGUGAAGAUUGUACAAACAGGUGUGAUGGAAGUGGUGUACCAGCUCGAAUACAGCAUGGACGAUCGCAGCGCACGAAUCUUUUCUAACGCAGGUGUCGCGUUUCGCAAAUAUAUCCCACCUUUCUAG